AUGGCUCAUUUAACAUGGGAUCUUAAUUGCAUCUGGCCGGACAUCCCUGGCUUCCUGCUGCAGCCCUUCCGCAAGCCGAAGCGCAUCCGCACGGCGUUCAGCCCCAGCCAGCUGCUCAAGCUGGAGCACGCCUUCGAGAAGAACCACUACGUGGUGGGCGCCGAGCGCAAGCAGCUCGCGCAGUCGCUCAGCCUCACCGAGACGCAG